AUGGCGCGGAGAAGAGCGCAGGAGGAGGAGGACGACGACGAGGCGGAGGAGUCGGUGGAGCAGGUGUUCGAGGGGCGGGAGGUGCCCGGGUGGCGGGAGCAGGUGACGGCGCGGGCGUUGGCGGUGAGCGCGCUCCUGGGCGCCAUGUUCAGCGUCAUCGUCAUGAAGCUCAACCUCACCACGGGGAUCAUCCCCUCGCUCAACGUCUCCGCGGGCCUCCUCGGAUUCUUCCUCCUCACCUCCUGGACCAAGCUCCUCGCCCAGGCCGGCUUCACCGGCGUCAUGCCCUUCACCCGUCAGGAGAACACCGUCGUUCAGACCUGCGUCGUCGCCUGCUCCGGCAUCGCGUUCAGCGAUCAAAAUCCGUUGCUGACGGACGCGUCAAUUAAUCCGGCAGGAGGAUUCGGCAGCUACAUGUUCGCGAUGAGCGAGAGGAUCAGCGAGCAAUCGGGGGAGACUUGGGACCCGCACGACAUCAAGAACCCAGGCCUGGGCUGGAUGAUCGGCUUCCUCUUCAUCGUCAGCUUCCUCGGCCUCUUCUCCGUCGUGCCCCUCAGGAAGAUAAUGAUCAUUGAUUACAAGCUCAUCUACCCGAGCGGCACUGCGACUGCCCACCUCAUCAACAGCUUCCACACUCCGCAGGGUGCCAAGCUCGCCAAGAGACAGGUGAAGACGCUGGGGAAGUUCUUCGCCGGCAGCUUCGCCUGGGGCUUCUUCCAGUGGUUCUACACCGCCGGCGAGGGCUGCGGCUUCAUGUCCUUCCCCACGCUGGGCCUCGAGGCCUACAGGCAGAAGUUCUUCUUCGACUUCUCGGCGACGUACGUGGGCGUCGGGAUGAUCUGCCCUUACCUCGUCAACGCCUCCGUCCUCCUGGGAGGCGUGGUCUCGUGGGGCAUCAUGUGGCCGCUCAUCGAGCAGAAGAAGGGCGACUGGUACCCGCCGAUCUCAAACCCAGCAGCCUCCGUGGCAUCGUCGGCUACCGGGUACGUGUUCGUCUCCAUCGCGCUGAUCCUGGGUGACGGCCUGUACAACUUCCUCAAGGUUAUGACGAGGACCGUGACCGCGCUGGUGGUGCAGGUGCGCGGGAUGAUGUCGGAGCCGACGCUCCCCAUCUCCGGCGGCGGCGGCGAAUCGCUGCCGGCAGCGGAGGAGACGUUCGACGACAGGCGUCGCACGGAGCUGUUCCUCAAGGACCAGAUCCCCAACACGCUGGCGCUGAGCGCGUACCUGGUGAUCGCCGUGGUGUCCAUCGCCACGGUGCCGCACAUCUUCCACCAGCUCCGGUGGUACCACGUGGCGGCGUCGUACGUGAUCGCGCCCGUGCUGGCCUUCUGCAACGCGUACGGGUGCGGGCUCACGGACUGGUCCCUGGCCACGACGUACGGCAAGCUGGCCAUCUUCACGGUGGGGGCCUGGGCGGCCGCCUCCGAUCCCGACGGCAGCGGCAGCGGCGGCAUCAUCGCGGGGCUCGCAACCUGCGGCGUGAUGAUCGGCAUCGUGUCGACGGCGUCGGACCUGACGCAGGACUUCAAGACCGGGUACAUGACGCUGGCGUCGCCGCGGUCCAUGUUCGUGAGCCAGGUGAUCGGCACGGCCAUGGGCUGCGUGGUGGCGCCGUCCGUGUUCUGGCUCUUCUACAACGCGUUCCGUGACAUAGGCUUGCCGGGGUCCGAGUACCCGUCCCCGAACGCGCUGGUGUACCGCAACAUGGCCAUCCUGGGCGUCCAGGGCCUGGGCUCCCUGCCCCGGCACUGCCUCCACCUCUGCAUCGCCUUCUUCGCCGCCGCCAUCGCCAUCAACCUGGCCCGGGACCUCGCGGGCGCCCGCGCCGCCGCCUACAUCCCGCUGCCCAUGGCCAUGGCCAUCCCCUUCUACCUCGGCCCCUACUUCGGCAUCGACAUGUGCAUCGGCAGCCUGGUGCGCCUGGUGUGGGACCGCCUGGACCCGGCCAGGGCCAAGGCGUUCGCGCCCCCCGUGGCGUCGGGACUCAUCUGCGGCGACGGCAUCUGGACGGUACCGCAGUCCGUGCUGGCGCUCGCCGGCGUCAAGCCGCCCAUCUGCAUGAAGUUCCUGUCCCGCACCGCCAACGCCAAGGUCGACGCUUUCCUCCACAGCUAG